AUGGGACAGAGCUGUAUGAAUAAAAAAAAAGAAUUAAAUGAUCCUAUGCUUUAAUCAAUAAAACCUUUGCAUAGACCCAAAAAACCAACUUGGGAGUUGCAUUAUAAUGAAAGCAGACCUGAAACUCAAGAGGAUCUUGAUUUUGAUAUUGAAACUAGAAAUCAAAAAAAAAAAGAAGUUCGUUUUACUACUCCAGAGAGAAGUCGACGGUCCUUCUCUUAAGGAGUCAAAUAUCAAAAAGAAUUGUUGAUGAAACAAAUGUUUGGUGAUAUGUUUGCAAGAAAAAAAUAUAGUUUAAUAAGAUCUGAUAGAGAAUUAAGAUAAAAAGAAUAUAACAAUAGAAUAAAUAAGACGUAAAAUAUGGAUAUUAGUUUUAUUCCUGGGUAAUUGUCACUCAAAUAAAUUUAUGUAAAUCAUUCAGAUCAAACAUCAACUUUAAAAGAAGAAGUUAAAUCUCUCAAGUCUUUUAAAUCUAAUAGUUAGCCUUAAUCAAGCAUAUUAAAACAAAAAAGUACUAAAGCUAAAUCGCUUUAUUCUGGAUCAAGAAGAAGUGUUAGGUUUUAGUUUUGA